AUGGAAGCAUCUGUGGGAAUUCUGGUAGAUACUUUGAAUUCCAUGAUCCAGAAGGAGUUUGGAUUGCUUUGUGGCGUUGCAACUGACAUGCAAAAGCUUUCACGCUUGCUCUCCGCCACCAAGGCAGUGCUUGAAGAUGCAGAGCAGAAGCAAUUCACAGACAAGGCAAUACAACAGUGGCUUCAGAAGCUCAAUGUUGUUGCUUGUGAAAUCGAGGACGUAUUGGAUGAUUAUGCAGCCAAAGCCUCAAAAGUCAAGUACAAAAAUUCUGGUUGUUUUAGUUUGAUGUGUGACCCUGUAGCAGGAAGCUUAGUGUUUCGUGGCAGGAUUGGGACAAGGAUGAAGGAGAUCCUUGCAAAAUUUAAUUCAAUAGCUGAUGAGCGGAUAAAGCUUGGUUUGAGUGAUCAGAAGCGUGGGAGCUAUUUCAAUGCAAGCCGUGAGACUGGAUCCAUGGUAAAUGAACCUGAAGUUCUUGGAAGGGACGAGGAAAAAGAGCAGAUCGUACGCAUCUUGACGAAAGAAAAAGAUGGAGUCGAUCAAAAUGUAUCAGUGCUCCCUAUAGUGGGUGUUGGAGGCCUUGGAAAGACAACACUUGCCCAAUUGGUCUUCAAUGAUCAGCGCAUAACCCAGCAUUUUGAGCUAAAACUCUGGGUUUGGGUUUCAGAGGAUUUUGAUGUGAAGAGGAUUAUAAAAGUCUUAAUUUGUUCUAUACAAAGGACUCUUACUGAAGAAUUAGAAUCGCUUUCUCUCGAAAGAAAACUUCAAGGGUUGUUGAGAGGGAAAAGAUACUUGGUUGUACUGGAUGAUGUCUGGAAUAAGAAUCCAGAGGAAUGGGAGAAACUGAAAUCUGUUCUGGAAUGCGGAGCGAGAGGUAGUUCAAUUGUCACGACAACUCGCAUGGAGAAGGUUGCCACAAUAAUGGGCACAUUACAAACACAUUAUCUGUCGAGUUUGUUAGAGAAUUUGUGUUGGUCACUAUUUAGGCAACGGGCAUUUGGGCCUCAAGAGGCUGAAGAAUAUCCUAACCUUGUAGUUAUCGGAAAAGAGAUUGUGAAAAAAUGUGGUGGUGUUCCGCUGGCUGCAAAGGCUCUCGGAGGCUUUCUAUGA